AUUUGGCAGGCGGUCAGGAAGUGCAACUCAGUUUCCAUCUCAUUUUGUUGACAGUGUGCACUCUCUCUCUCUUUCUCUUUAUCCCUCUCUGCAUAGAUGUCCGCCGGUGCAUUUAACAGAACGUACAGAGAACGGGGAGAAGACAAUUCCCUCGCCGCAAUUACUAGAGAUUGUAUUGGAGCUGAUCGUACCGUCAGUCAGCAUCCUGUGUCUGAGUUCGGGACAGUUGCCGCUGUAGCCUUUAAAAAACACUCUGCUCUGCGUUUGUGAGCAAACUUAGGUUUUGGCAAAGAAGACUGGAUUCUACGCGGAACACCUUUGUAAAAAGAACCGGAAUAUAACGGACGAACGAAAUAGAGGAGAAUGGGGGAAUAAUCAAUCUGAUUAAACGUUCCGGAAGUAGCCUAAACAUAUUUAUAUAUUUUUUAAUUCCUUGACAGCUUUCUCCGUUUAUGACACCAGCGUCAUAUAUUUAAUUUUUUAAUUUUCUAUUCUUACUAAUGAUGACAACUAGUGGUGGUGCGAACUGAAUUGAGGAACUAUGUGGCCAGUGUGACUCAAUUACACAUUCUCUGGCAAAAUUGUUCCUCCUCAUUUUUGGGGAGUGGGACACCAGACUUUCACUAAAACCUCAAUAUGCAUGAUGUGUCCAAACCAAGGUCCACAUUCUGCCCAGUAAUGCAGGCUCAAAAAUGACUUUUCAACCAAUAGAUCUAGAUUCAUAUCCUCCUAAGGAUCGAACGACAGAACACCAUGCGCAGGCUUAAAGAAGAGUUCCAAUGGCUCUGCGAAUUCCACAAAGGAAUAUGAGGACUUAUCCACUCUGUCUUUCUGAGAUACUAGCAGCACCAGACAACAGGACCGACCAGGCUAACGGCACGAUGACCGUCGAAGCCAUCUACAUCGUGAUGGAGGUGAUCAUCGCAGUGACUUCGGUGAUCGGAAACGUGAUGGUUAUCUGGGCAGUGCGGAUCAACCGUUCGAUGCGAGACACCACCUUCUGUUUCAUUGUGUCUCUGGCUCUGGCGGACAUUGCGGUGGGGGCUCUGGUCAUCCCGCUGGCCGUCACCAUCAACAUCGGUUUCAAGAUGCACUUCUACAGCUGCCUGCUGGGCACGUGCAUCGUGCUGGUGCUCACGCAGAGUUCCAUCUUCGCGUUGCUGGCCAUCGCUAUCGACCGUUACCUGAGGGUGAAAAUACCCAUGAGCUACAAACAUGUGGUGACACGGCGGCGUGCAGGAACGGCGGUGGUGGUGUGUUGGAUGGUUGCCAUAGUGGUUGGCCUGACGCCCAUGCUGGGCUGGAACAACCGGCAGGGUCUCCAUGACAAUGUCUCCCAGGUGACCCAUGACUUCUUAGUGAUGUGUAAGUUUGAGAAAGUCAUCAGCAUGGACUACAUGGUCUACUUCAACUUCUUCGGCUGGGUGCUGCCGCCCCUCGUCCUCAUGCUGCUCAUCUAUGCUGAGAUAUUCUACAAGCUACACCACCAGCUCAACAAGAAGGUGAUGGAGAGCCAAACAGACCGUAGCCAUUACUACAGUAAAGAGCUGAAACUAGCCAAGUCAUUGGCUCUGGUCCUCUUCCUGUUUGCCAUCAGCUGGCUUCCUCUAAACAUCCUCAACUGCAUCACGCUGUUUAGCCCGAAUGGUGACAAGCCCGCGCUUCUCAUCUACAUCGCCAUCCUGCUCACACACGGCAACUCCGCUGUGAACCCCAUUGUCUACGCAUUCCAGAUCAAGAAGUUCCAGAAUGCGUUCCGGAAGAUCUGGAAGCAGUAUGUGCUGUGUAGGGACCCGGUAGGCAAGCUGCCCCAGAGAGGGAGUCAGAGGUGCCAGAGCAGAUUGGAGAGGAUGUUGAGGGCGAACGAUGAUGACAAUUAAGUCUGAUCUGGUGAUGAAGGUCACAGGGGGCACGGGUCUGUCGCAUCCCGCAAUGUGUGUGUCGUGUGUUGUUUGUUAACCAUCUGUCAAUGAUGGCUUUUCAGUGGUGGGGUGUUGGACUGAUCUUGUUGAUCGCGUAUAUACUCGUUAUUAACUUUUACUGCCUCUGAAACCCGGAUCCGGGAUCCCCCCCCACCCCCCCCCCCCCCACACUGAUUAGCAUCGCUAGCAUAGCGUCACAUUUAAAUAGUAGCAUCUAAAUAUCAUUAAAUCACAAGUCCAAGACACCUAAUGAAAGAUACAGAUCUUGUGAAUCAAGUCACCAUUUCAGAUUUUUAAAAUGUUUUACAGGGAAGACAAAAUAUGUAAAUCUAUUAGCUAACCAUGUUAGCAAAAGACACCCUUUUUCUUUGUCCACCAUUUUUUCUCAACACCAGUAGCUAUCACCAAUUCGGCUAAACUAAGAUAUUGAUAGCCACUAACCAAGAAAAAAGCUCAUCAGAUGACAGUCUGAUAACAUAUUUAUGGUAUAGGAUAGGUUUUGUUAGAAAAAUGUGCAUAUUUCAGGUAUAAAUCAUAGUUUGCCAUUGCAGCCACCAACACAUCUCACCAAAGCGACUAGAAUUACUAUAGAGAGCAACGUGUAUGACCAAUUUACUCAUCAUAAAACAUUUCAUAAAAAUAGACAAAGCAUAGCAAUGGAAAGACACAGAUCUUGUGAAUUCAGACAACAUUUCAGAUUUUCUAAGUGUUUUACGGCAAAAACACAAUAAAUCGUUAUAUUAGCAUACCACAUAUGCAAACGUUACCAGAGCAUAGAUUCUAGCCAAAGAGAGCGAUAACGUAAACAUCGCCAAAAGAUAUAAAUUUUUUCACUAACCUUUUCAGAAUUCUUCCGAUGACACUCCUGUAACAUCAUAUUACAACAUACAUAUAUUGUUUGUUCGAAAAUGUGCAUAUUUAGCCAUAAAAAAACGUGGUUAUACAAUGAAAAUAGUAGCAAAUCAAGCCUGAACAUGUCGGACGCCAUCUUUCAUAGUGAUCUAGUUUAAUUGAAAGCUAAUCAUAUACUUGACUAAAAAAUACAGGGUUGACAGGAAUCGAAAGACAAAUUAGUUCUUAAUGCAAUCGCUGAUUUACAUUUCUAAAAUUAUCCUUACUGUGCAAUACAGGGUUCGCCAAGCGAAGCUAUAGCAAACAAAAUGGCGGAUUAUGCGUUUAAAAUAUUUCGACAGAACAACGAUUUAUCAUAUUAAAUAUUUCUUACUAUGAGGUGAUUUUCCAUCAGAUUCUUGGGCAAUGCAUCCUUUCUUGGGUCUAAUCUU